UUGCUGCUACUGUUCAGUGUUUUCAUCUCCCAUCAAGAAGCAAUGAAGCUUGUUAGAAAUUUAUUAAUCCUUUGGGGCCUGCUGGCAGUUGCUGCUGCCCAAUUCUUUCCGACAUGGUCGGAGGGAUCGGAGUACGACAGUCUGAUGGCUCGUCGGUCACAACCUUCGUACUCAGCAACGCAGCAAAGGCCAUCCUCCAAUCAACCACAAACGCAGCAACAAAACCCGGUGCUGGAGCAGCGGGCAGUUGAUGCACAGAAUCGCGCCCUUGAACGGCUGUUCGCUCGAACGUUUAACGCCGCCACUCCGGUCGAGUUCCAAAGCGCCGUGGUACAACUUUUCUUCCGCAGUCAGCGGGAACUCGAUCUCUGCGGCGAGUUUCUGUGGGAAACUCACCUGCUCAAGGAGUACCGGCAAUGUGCAGUACUAACACGACAAGCCGCCUGGCGUCAGGCGCAAGUUCUGGCUGAGGAUAUUCGCGCACUGACGGCGGCCGAUUACGAUUACCAAAAUUUUUAAGCAAUUUGAGAGGUGAAGUUCGGCUGAAGUUGAGAAUAUAGUUAAUUUAUUAGUCAAAUACAAUUUUGUGUAAAAUUU